GAUUGAUAUGCAUUUCCGGUAAACGCUGGACCGAACACGCAAACAUAACAUCAUUAACAACAAUUGACUAUGCUACUAUUUUGUAAUCUCUAGCAUUAUGGCGACAGGUGACAUCUCCAAUCUGGCCAUGGAGGAAUGCUCCACACCUGAGUUUGGCCGCAUUAUCAUGGAGGACAUGUAUGAAUCAUACAUGACUGGCCAUUUAUGUGACUUCUCAGUGAAGGUUGAAGGCAAGACCUACAAAAUUCAUAAGAUAGUACUGGCCAGUUGCAGUGAUUAUUUCAAGGCUGUGUUUUCUCAUGACAUGCUGGAGAGUCGGCAGGAAUAUGUGGAGUUAAAGGGACUGACAGAGAAAGGGGUGAAACCACUCAUUAAAUACGCUUACACUGGUUCUGUAGUUCUCACGCUAGACAACAUCCAGGAUGUUAUAUGUGCUGCCACAUUUCUACAGAUGACAACUGCUGUGGACCUUUGUAUAGAAUAUCUAAAAAAGAAGAUGACAUUUGACAAUGCAGAAGAGCUACUGGGUAUAGGUGAAAUACUUUCUAUACCUACAUUGAAAGUUUAUUAUAGAGAAUACAUCUUAGAAAAUUUCCUUCAGUUUUCAGAAACUGAUUCUUUUUUGAAAUUGGACCCUGAUACACUGGUUGACUAUCUCCUUGACGACCACCUACGGACCACUACCGAGCUGCAGCUAUUGAAAGCUGCCCUCCGGUGGUACGAGCAUGAUCCUAAAGCUCGGGAAAGUAAAGCCUUCGAUGUUUUAGACAAAAUUCGGUAUGUAGUGGAUGGUUGGCCAGCAAUAGAAUAUGCAAUGAAGAAUGAGCCCUUCAGGUCAAAUAAAAAAUGUAGAGAUAUUGUAAAAUUCUGUACUGAAUAUAUGGUGAAUGCUACCAAGAGAUAUACAUACUAUGACCACCGGACACGUGUAAGAUUUGAAACAAAAACACUGGUGCAGUUUGGAGGAGUGACUAUAUUUGAUUUGUACGAGGAUAAUGAUAUGCAGCCAGAUGAUUUCGGUGAUCGGUUGGGCUGGGAGAGAAACCACUUUUAUCACACUGACUUAAAACACUGGUUCCCACUGGGAUGUGUACGUGUGAUGGAAGCCAUGUCCCAUCUCACUGUCACCGAGGUCAAUGACUGCAGCAUCCUUUGUGGGGGGUAUGUGUACGACACAGAUGAGGAUUUAGUCUCCCGAAGUGCCACACGACAAGUACGUAUGUUCACACCUAGUCACCUCAGCAUCUGGGACAUGGAAAGCAUGAAGCAUGAAAGAGCACAGCAUGCUGCUGUCUAUCUUCCGGGGAACAUCUAUGUGAUAGGAGGCAAAGAUAACAAGCAGCCACUGGCCUCUGUGGAGAAGCAUGAAUGUGAGGAAGAAGUAUGGUACUACGUAAAGCCUCUCCCUAAACCGCUGUAUGACCACGCCGCGGCUGUAGCUGAUGGAAAGAUCUAUGUGACGGGAGGUGUAGAGGUCACGCCCACCAAUAAGAUGUGGUGUUUUGAUCCUUCACUCAAUAAGUGGCACAAAAAGGCUUCUUUGUUGCAAGCACGUGCCGGACAUGGUAUGGUCAGUCUAAAUGGUGUCCUGUAUGUAUGUGGAGGGUACAAAGAGGUAGGGUAUGACACUCCCAUCACUGUUUCAUGCCUGGACACGAUGGAGUCGUACAGCCUACAGACAAGACAGUGGACCAGUCUCGCUCCGAUGCCAAUUAGUGCAUUUCAUGUCGGCAUAGUUGUGUUAAAUGAAAAGAUCCUGGUGGCUGGAGGUGAGACGUUAGGAGGGGACUUGAUAUCUAACAUUCAGCAGUAUGACCCCCAGCAGAACCACUGGACACAGUAUGGGCGACUGGAGAGACAACUAAAAGGGCUAGGCCUCUGUGCAGUGACGGUCAAGUUUGCCAAGAAGGGACCAGGUGAUGACUAUGUAAAGGCCUUCACUGAGACGGAAGCGGCAUCCAAUGUAUGUAUGGUAGACGCAGGCCAUACAGAGGACUCUGACGACACUGACGACUCCGAAUUCUUUCUCCUAUGAUUACAUGCAAUACUUACAUACCUCCAACGCUCUAUCUCCACUGGAAUGAAAGCCGGAAUUUUACAUGAGCUGGAAGCUUCUGAAUCUGAAGAGUGGACCGGCAACUUGUUAGGCUUAAGAGGAGCUUAUAAGAAAGUCAUUACAAGAAAAGACUUGUGUUAAAUGGGUAAAUAAAAACAGGAUGAUGAAGAUGAAAAAUAAUGAGUGUUACAGAUAUUUGAUUGUGUAUGUGUGUUGUGUCUUGUUAACAUCAGUACAAAGGCUGUGUAAACUGGAGAGAUUAACUCAUAGUUAUUUCUGAAUUUAUUAUGAAUGUCAAUCACAUUGAAAAUGAUGAAAUGGUGUAAUUGCUAAAUAAUGUAUGGAGUUUUUGUAGUUAAUAUUAUUACCACAAUUUAUUCAUUGAGUGAAUUCGAUUAUGUAAACCUAUGUUCAUUUUAAAUGUAAAAGGUAUUUCUGAUUAUAUAAUGUAACAGGUAAAAAGACUGAUUAAUUUUAGAAGCAAACAAAAUUUUGAAAAGGGAAUCGGAAUGUUAAUGUGGUGUAAACAAUAUUUCUUGUCUGCAUUUUAUUUUCGACAUUGUAACAAAAACAUGACACAAAGGGGAGGUAAUUAUAUAAAUAUGCCACUUGUAUUCAUCACUUUUAUUCAUCACAGCUCUAAUAUUGUUACCAGAUGGCCUAGAUUUGUUUGUUUGUGGAAGAAUAAGUGGUCUGACUGUGUAUCUUGAAUAUAAAGACAAGGCUUACAUUUACUGAUACUAUCAGAUAGGUUUGUACUGAUUACCUCCCCUAAUUUGAAUUUUUUUUUUUAAUUCAAGGGUAUUCUGACAUAAACACCAUUGAAUCUGACUCUAUGUUGUCUUAGGUUGAAGCUGCUAAUAGCCAGCUAGAGGCAUGACCAUAUUGAUAACAAUGUUGUUUUUAACUAAAAUGAAAUUCCUCUUGACUAGGAAUUUGUUCUUGUUGACAAAUAACCCUAUUGUUGAGCUACAAAUUUUUACUGUAUGCAAACUAGAGUUUUGUUGAUAUUGGCGGUGAUAUUAAUUAUUAUACUCUCAAGGUCCAUCCGAUGUGUUCUUUUUUAAAAAUGAGCCAGUAUAUCAAAAUGAAGCAUAAUAAUGAAAUCAGGUACAUGUACAGGUAAAUCAGUUCAGUUUCUCAAGAAGUGUAAAAAUUAUUGAUAAUUUCUUUUGAGAUCUCAUUUGUUGUCAGUGUGUUGAUACCCUGGGGCCUGUUCAUUUUUGCGGUUGCUUGGUCAAUUUUCAAUUGUAACAUUUCAGACAUAAAUCUUGACAGACCUGUAGACAUUAAUAUAGGCCUUGAAAGUCUUUGUCAAAGCCCGUCCAAAAGGAACAUAAUAUUUCAUAAAUGCCCAACUCUGCUCCAGCCGGUCCAACCAUUUGUACCACGAUAAACAUAAACAGCCCUUGAUAAGAUGGUGAAGAUAGUCCAUUGAAUGGUUAUACACAGAACUAUAAAGUAGAUAUAGUGUGGAGCGUUUUAUAGUUGGUAAUGCUACAUACACAUCAAAGUUUAUGAAUAAGGAUUCUUAUCGAUUCAUCUAAUGCUGUGUAAAGUUUUCGCUGUAUGUGUUGAAAUCAUAUUAUCAAUGUCGUACACACUAAAUAUGAUUAUUGUAAUACCCACAAGCCUUCUAUUACCCAAGAGAUUAAUGAGUUGACUCACAUAAUUAUCUGUAAUAUACUAUAGGAAGAUCUAUAGUGUAAAAUCCCUAAUAAAAGAUGUUCUAUACACAAUGAUUACCUUACAUUGUAUUUUAAAAUCAUAUUUAUUUUAUAGCAAUUAUAAACUAUGUUUUAUCAUCUUCCGUUCAUCACUCUUGUUGUCGUAAUGUGGGAGGAAACUGGAGUACCCAGACACCGUACCUUUUAACGUCCAAUCAGAAUCAAACUCUGACUGUGUUGGCUUCAGGGCUAACUCUUUCUGUAUAUCAGUGUAAUAAUGUGUUUAUGAGAGAUAUGAUAUAGUGCACAUGCUACUAAUUGACACAG